AUGGAUAGCCGGUGCGCCUUCUGCUUCCACCCCCUGCCAGGCGCCGCCGGCGACGCCUGCCGCGUCUGCGCCGCCGCGGCCAUGACCACGAGCCCCUUCGGUUCCUCUUCCGCCAAGCCGAGCCCCUCCGCUUUCAGCUACUCGGCUCCUACGGCCACGACGAGCCCUCCCGCUCCCGCCUUUGGCUUCUCAGCGUCGUUUGGACAGGCGGCAUCGGCGAGCCCCUUCUCCGCCAUCGGCUUCUCCACGCUGCAGAGCUUCCUUGGAGAGACGGCUCCUCCCAGCCCCUUCGCUUUACCGCCAGUGUCUGCCAACGCAAGCCCCUAUGGAGUUGCACAACCUCUCGGAUCACUCACCGAGAGCCCCGGGCCCGUGUUCGAUGACGACGAGCCGGUGGAAGACCCUCCCGCUGCGACACUCGGCGGCGUCCAAGAAGCACCAUCAUCGACAACCAACGCGCCGCUCGUCCUCAACACGCACUGCGAGCUCCCGGCCAUCGCGAGGGGCAGCGCCCGCGACAGCUUCGCGGUGCUGGUGCAUGCCAAGGCUCCCGCCGCCGAUCAUGCGGCGCCGCGCCCGUCGCUCGACCUCGUCACGGUGCUCGACGUCAGCGGGAGCAUGGCUGGUAGCAAGCUGGCGCUGCUCAAGGAGGCCAUGGGGUUCGUCAUCGACAAGCUCGGGCCGGCGGACCGCCUCAGCGUCGUCUCCUUUUCGCACCAGGCGCGCCGGGAGACCCGGCUCACGCGCAUGUCGGACGCCGGCAAGGCCUCCACCAAGCUCGCCGUGGAGUACCUUUAUGCCUGUGGCAACACGGAUAUCCUCAAGGGUCUCGACACGGCCGCCAAGGUGCUCGACGGCCGCCGGCACAAGAACACCGUGGCCAGCGUCAUCCUUCUCUCGGACGGCCAGGAUACCUGCAAUCGCCCCUUUGGGUUUAAUUACGGACAGAACAAGAGCUACGACUAUCUCGUGCCACCUUCUUUCGUUGCCAACAACCACCGCUCCACGCCGAUCCACACGUUCGGCUUCGGCACCGACCACGACGCCAAGGAGAUGCACGCCGUGGCCGAGGCCACCGGCGGCACCUACUCCUUCAUCGAGAACCAGGCGGUGGUGCAGGACGCCUUCGCGCAGUGCAUCGGCGGGCUGCUCUCGGUGGCCGUGCAGGAGGCGUGGAUCGCCGUGACGUGCCCGCACCCCGACGUGCGCGUCCGGUCCAUCAAGUCCGGCCGCUACGAAAGCCGCGUCCUGGCGUACGGCCGCGCCGCCUCGGUGGACGUCGGUGAGCUGUACGCCGACGAGGAGAGGCGCUUCCUGCUGUUCGUGGACGUGCCGAGAGUCGCGGAGGAGGAAGAUGUCACGCGCCUUAUCAGGGUGAGCUGCACUUACAAAGACUCGGCGACCGGGAAGUCGAUGCAGGUGGACGGCGGGGACGCGGUCGUGCGGAGGCCGGCGGAGGUGACGAGCGAAGAGGGCCAGAAGCCGUCCAUGGAGGUGCAGGUGGAGCGCUUCCGCGUGGAGGCGGCGGAAGACAUCGCGGCGGCGCGGGCAGCUGCCGAGCGCGGCGACCACGCGGAGGCCGUGCGGAUACUGGACAGGCGGCAGGAGGCGGCGAGGACGGGUGAUCUGCUCGGCGACGCUCGGUGCGCGGCGGUGGUCUACGAGCUGGCAGAGCUCAGCGCCCGCGUGUCAACCCAGCGGGAGUACGAGCAGACGGGGCGGUCGAGCAUGCUGUCCGGCAUGAGCGCUCACGCGCAGCAGCGCGCCGUGUCCGUCAACUUGUGCGGUGCCAUGGCGUCCCCCACGUUUGGAGCGACGCCGGCGCCGGCGUUUGGAGCGACGCCAGCGCCGGCGUUUGGAGCAGGGUGCGCGAUGCCCACGUUUGGAGCAGCGUUCGCGACGCCAGCAAUGGUGGACAUGGUGGGUUCGUCCCGGAAGAUACGUGAAGAACGGGAGCAGCAGCACUCAUAA